AUGGCGGCGGCGACGGCGGCCAAGUCGUCACGGCGCGGCGGCGGCGGCUCGGGGGAGGACUUCAGCGCGUGGUUGGGCGGCGCGGGGUACAGCGAGGGCGACGUGCGUGACAUCGUGGCGGAUACACUUCACGGAUCGCGGUCCGACCCCACGUGCGAGAACUGGGAGGAGGUGGAGCAGCUGUGCGAUCAUCUGGACCGUUGGUCGCCCGAGGAGCGCAUCACGAUGCUCGAUAUCGUCGUCGCGAGCGCGGACGACGACGAUUCGGGGUCGGAGCUCGAAGGGGGAAAGGAUGAUGUCGUCCGAAGGCGCCUCGCGUUAGGCGCGUCCGGUACUUCAGCUUCCCGCACAGGGUCCCCGCUCCGGGUGACCCUGUGCCGCGCCGCAUCGCCCAAUCCGGGGGAGCUGAACAGCGUGUCAACUGCAGCGGAGAGGCUGAUUGUCGCCAUGGGGACUUAUACUACCAGCAGCACGAGCCUUCCCGCUUCGUCUGUCAGCUCACCAGUUGGCAGUGGCACCUUCCCUAGUCCCAACCUGUUCUCCGCAGGAUUGGGUGACAAGGGCGCCAGAGUGCGAGUUGAUUUCCGCAGCGUUGGAGGUGAGGAGGAUCGUACUGCGGAAGGAGAGACCAGUGGCGCUGCUGCUGGCGCUGCUGCUGCUGCUGCUGCUAGCGACGUGGGUGCUGCUGUGUCGUACCUGGAUUCGGUGGGUGCGACGGUGACGGGCGUGGAACUGGUGUUGGAUGAGAGUGGCGAGGAGUGUGCAGGCCUGUACCUGUCGUGUCAGCCGGCUUCAGUGUUGCCAGAUAAUGCAGGAGAAGCUGCAGCAGCAGCAGCAGCAGCAGCAGCGGCAGCAUCUGCAGUGGGAAAGAAUGGCCAAGCUUCAAGAUUGCAGAGCAGCUGCAAUGCCAAUGCUGGGGUGCCGGUGGAAUCGCAGGCCAAGGGAGGGGAGGCUCCUGCUGCUUCUAUGCUCUCGGCGCCCUGCAGGCUUCAACUAGACCAGCGCCAGACAUCAGCCGCGUCAGCUCCCUCGCUGAGAGGCGGAGGAGGAGGCGGAGGGGGAGGGGGAGGGGGAGUGGGAGGCGCGCUAGCCAUGCCCUUGCUCGUGGGCAUGGGCACGGGUGGCGGUGGUGCGAUGGAGGGUGCCUCGGGAGCGUACUGGGCGACGGAGGGGAGCAGCAGCAUGGGCGCCGGUGGUGCGUCGUCGGGUGCGUUCCUUGCAGUGCAAGGCAUGGGGGGCAGCAGCAGCCCCAUGGGCGGUCAGCAGCAGGGGGGGAUUUCCAGCAGCACGGGAGGGUAA